GCAGCCAUGAGUGUCAGAACUGAUAAUCAUGUAUUCGAGCGAGUACUGUUGUCAAAUAUGACAAUUGUUGACAUAAUUGCAUUCUACCGGAAUAGCAAUGCUCAAAAGAAUAACCAGUGAUUAACAGUGCUACAUUAUAUUUCAAUUUAGCGUUACGCAUAUUUUAUCGCUGUGGACGACAACUUUAUCCCGGCCAGAAAGGAAGUAUGAUAAUUGCCCCUAUGGUAGAUUAUAGCUGCUGGCGUUGAUAACUCAUCGAUAAUAUAUGCAAAGUGUAUGCUAAGCACAUCUAUCCGACCCCCUAAAACAAUGCGCCAUAUGCUAAUUUCAACCAGUCUCCGAGUACUAUCUUGUUGAAGAAUAAUCUGCGAACUGUCUCAUGUCGAUCGAGUUAACCUAACAUCUUUUGAGUCAGCUCUGGUCUCUUCUUUUCUUUUCACAGUGACAAACGGAUACAAUGUCUUUUAUAUAUUACAUGGGAAUAUGGAUAUUAUUUUUAUACAACUGCAAUGGUGACUACUCUGAAUGGAAUUCAAAGUGGCAAGUAAUAUGUCCUGGGUUAUUUCCACGUGUCUUUAUUAGCUAUACCCCACGUGGAAAUUUAACAUGGGGCAGAUUCUUAAAACAAUCCCAUAUAACUGGCAUAAAACACUGUGUAGCGGAUUGUUGUACACAGUCAGAAUGUAAUGUAGCCUUAAUGCAUAAUGGUACAUGCUAUCAUGUACAAUGUAAAAGUACAAAAAUGUGUGCACCUUUCUAUCGCCCAGAUCUACUUAAAAAGGAUCCACCAAGUAUGGUACUUGUUAAACCCGUAGAAGAUGAAGAUAUGUGGAGUUAUUGGGUAGAUUCUACCAAUGAUGAAACAGGACCAUUGCUGGAAGAUUCAAAUUCCGAUCAGACUCUGUUUGGAUUAAACGGUAUUGCAUGUAUGGAUUUGGAUUGUCCAAACAAUGAAAGAUGUGUUAAACAAGGAGAAAAAUCAGACAUUGAAACAUGCGAAUGUGAUUUAGGUUUCAAGAGAAAUAUUGCUGGAAUAUGUGAGGCAAUAAAAGAAAUUGAAACGUCUGACAUUGGAGUAACUCCAGAUGUUAGAAGUGAUGUUACCAGUGACACAAGUACAUCCAUAAAGCCAUCAUUAAAACAAUUAGUUGUUUCUGCUGUAUCAAAAGAAGUACGUCUCCCCGAAAAUGAUGCGACAUUGUCAGCAUAUACAGUGCCUACUGAACAAGGUAACCUGCAUUACAACUAUGCAUGGAGCCUUCUCAGUCAACCAGAAGGGCAUACAGGAACUAUGACCGAUCAGAAUCGUAUGACAGUAAAAUUAAGUAAUUUGUCUGAAGGACUGUACAAAUUUAAAGUUGCAGUAAGCAGUCCAAAUGCUUAUGGAGAAGCAUAUGCAAAUGUCAGCGUCUUGCCACCUAAACGAAUAAAUCAGGCACCAAUUGCAAUAAUAUCUCCAGCAACUCAAGUAGUGAAACUACCAAAUACUGGAGCGGUUCUUGAUGGUUCGCCCAGUAAAGAUGAUGAUCGCGUAAUUUCUUAUCAUUGGGAGUUGCAGCAAGGGCCUAUUGGAUAUCAGCCAAAUCUUGUUGACACUCCAACACUCCAACUUGACAAUCUUGUUGCUGGGAACUACACAUUCAAAUUGACUGUUGAAGAUUCAGAUCAUGUAACGAAUUUUACAGUAGCUAAUAUAACAGUUUUGAAAGUAAUUGACUAUCCUCCAAGUGCUAAUGCUGGUCAGAAUAUUAUUAUUUAUUUGCCACAAAAUACAAUCACGCUCAAUGGGAAUUUAAGCACAGAUGACCGUGGUAUUGCAAAUUGGGAGUGGACUAAAAGUCCAUCUGAUCAAAAUAAAGCUGUAGAUAUGCAGAAUACCAGAACCCCAUAUCUUCAGCUAUCUAAUUUAGAAGAAGGCAUGUACACCUUUGUUCUAAAGGUAACCGAUGAUUCAGACCAAUCUUCAACUGCUGAGGUUCAUGUAUUUGUAAAACCACCCACAAAUAAGCCACCAAAAGCUGAUGCAGGCGAUGAUGUAACUAUAGCUUUACCGCUGACAGAAACGAUACUUAACGGCAGCAAAAGUAAAGACGACAUAAAGAUUGUAUCAUAUGUUUGGAAACAAGUCAGUGGCCCAAGCAAUGUUCAAUUUUCUGCAGCCAAUGAGUCUAUCACAAACAUAACACAACUAACUAAAGGAAAUUUUUUAUUUAAAUUAACGGUAAUUGAUGAUAAUGGCAAUAAAGACUCUGACACUGUUGAAGUCAAAGUAACUCAGAAUAAAAAUGCUCCACCAAAAGCAAAUGCUGGAGGUGAUCAGACAGUGAUAGAACCCGUGAGUGCACUUGUAAUUAAUGGAUCUCAAUCCAGUGAUGAUUUAAAGAUCGGGCAAUGGUUAUGGACUCGAGAGCCCUCAUGUCUUGCCAUUGGAACUGUGAUUAAAGAAACGGACAAGUCCCCAGUCUUAAUGUUGACCAAUGUCGUACCGGGAAGGUACGUUUUCCGAUUAAAAGUAACAGAUGAUCAAGGUUUAAGUAGUGAAGACACAGUGUCGGUCAUUGUUAAACCUGAUCCCCAAUUGUUAAAUUUGGUUGAAUUGACAUUAAACAUAAAGGCACAUCUGUUAACUGAGUCUCAGAAGGAUUCAUUGGUUGUCAAAUUGCAAAUGCUAUUACGAGACGAAGCGUCAAUUGUUGUACGCAAUUUGCGAGCAGAACCACGAACAGGAAGAGUUGUGCUUAUUUUUUAUGUUGAAAAAAAGGGUGGAAAAUCCACGAUGACUGGACCAGAUGUAGUGAAAAGAUUAAAAGAAAAACUUCGGCAAGAUUCUGGAUUACUACAGCUAUCAGUGGCCAGGGUGGAAACUGCUAUAUGCCAAAACAAUUGUUCAGGACAUGGCGUAUGUGAUCAAGAAAGUAGACAAUGUUUAUGCGAAGCUUUUUGGAUGAAAAAUUUAAUUCAGAUAUAUUUUGGCAAUGGUGAAUCUAAUUGCGAUUGGAGUGUAUUGUAUGUAAUAAUAGCUCUAUUAUCGAUCGUCAUAUGUUGGGUGGGAUGUGUUUGGGGCCUGUUUUGUCUAUGCCACCGAAUAUGUGGAAAAAGACGCACAACACGUUCAAAAAAGAAACCGACUCGUUAUUCACUUCUUCAACCAGAACCCGAAGAUGAAAGCGCGACAUUUACAUCUCACAAUAAAUUAGUACUCUCAGAAUCAGAUACAGAUUCUGAUGAUGUAUUAUUUGAACAUCGCAAAGGAAAGAACGAUUGUCAUAUUAAAAAUGGCAAAUCAAGGAAUGGCUUUCUGAAAACAAAUGCUAGAAUAAAGACAUAAGGUAUUCAUCCGUAUGAGGAAAUGAUUGACGCCAAUACGCGUACACUUGGCUAAAUGAAGAAUACUAGUCAGUUACGAGGCUGUCGUUUCAAAAAUGUACCUAACGAAAAAAUUACGCUCACAAUUUCCGUUUGUAAGCAAACAUCUUAAUCUGUAGUACAGAUGUUUAUAAGUCAUUGACGUGAGGAAAACGCUUUCUGUUUUGUCAGUAUAAUUUAUUACACUUAAUAAAUAUGUACGUAUAUUUUAGUUUGGAAGCUCUUCCUACACUAGACUAGUAAGAAAAUACUACGUUCUGUGAAUACACAAAGAUUAUUUGAUUGACGUAAGUUCUGUUCAAAAUAACCAAGUAUAUAUCUGUUUCUCAACAAUUUAAAAAUAUUGAAUUUUAUAUUCUUACCAUUAUGCGUGUGUGCUAUUUAAUAGCAAUGAACUAUGGCCAAAAUACCAAGUUUGGUUAUUGAUUAUUUCUAUGAAUGCAUAUAAUUGUAAAGUUAUAUAUUAACUUUUAUAUGCAUUUGUUCAGAGAACAUCCAUUAGGAUCAGAAAUCAUGUUAUUAAUUAUUGUAUAUAUGCUUAUAAAAUAGUAUUGUGACGUGACAAUGUACUACGAA